AUGACUGUUGAUUCCUCUGUAUGGGCGCCUUCAUCUACAGGUUCAUUCUCAAUCAGUCACACCAUUGAUUGGUUAUCAACACAACAACAACAAAAAUCAUGGACUCACCUUAUUUGGAAUAAUUUCUCGAUCCCAAGAUGCAAAUUUUCUCUGUGGCUCGCUGUUCAGAACAGGCUGCCUACUCUAGAUCACAGUUGUAUGAGAUCAUUCCAAGGCUCCAGAACGUGUCCAUUAUGCAAUUUGGUUGAGGAAUCCUAUAAUCAUCUGUUCUUUGCGUGCUCUUUUACAAGGCCAAUAUGGAUAUCACUGCAACAUAAAGGUAGAUUUCAUUUCUCCCCCUCCUCCUGGACUGAGCUUGUUGACGGAGUUUCAACCAGAUGGUCAAGGAGGGAUUUGGGAUCAUCGGUAAACAAACUUCUGUUUUCCACAACUGUCAACAAAAUUCGGCUAGAGCGCAACAAUUGGAUCUUCAACAAUCGAAAAUCUUCACAAAUGACUGUCUUCAGGGAGAUCACUGCCUUGAUUCGGGAAAAAUUGCUUACCUUAUCUGUCAAAGACUCUCUACUUGCCAGAAGAUUGAAAUUAGACUGGGACUUGCCGGCAUUCAUUCGCCCACCACCGGAACCUCCUGAUCGAGCCAUGUAG